AUGUAUGCCAAUCAGUAUCAGCAGCAACAGCAACAACAGGGAGGUCCUCCGCCUAUCCCGCAGCGGCCGCAGCAGGGUAAACGCAGCGUAGGCUAUUUCACGAAUUGGUCGAUCUAUUCUCCCGCCUACCUCCCCUCUCAAAUCCCUCACCAAAACCUAACUCACCUCAACUACGCAUUCGCCAACGUCGACCCACAUACAGGCGGUGUCGUUCUAAGCGAUUCGUGGGCGGAUGUGGAGAUUCGGCAUCCGGGACAGGGCGGGGAUGAUGGGGGACUAUUAGGGAACUUUGGGGUGUUGAGAAGCCUGAAGAGGAGUAACCGCAAUCUAAAAGUGCUCCUUUCUAUCGGAGGAUGGUCGUACCGGGACAAUUUCGUCCCGCUCGGCAAGGAUGCGGGAAAGAGGGAGAAGUUCGCUAAGAGCGGGGUGAGGCUGGUAGAGGACUUGGGAUUGGAUGGGCUUGAUAUCGACUGGGAAUACCCUCAAAACUCCUCCGAAGCGCACGCAUACGUCGACCUGCUCGCCAAAUGCCGGAGAGAACUGGACGAACUCGCUAGGAGUAAAGGCAGGUCGGCGGGGACUUAUGAGUUGACCGUGGCAGUACCGAGCGGCAGGGAUAACUAUGCCAAGCUGGAUAUCAGAGGGAUGUCGCAGUACGUGGAUUUCUGGAACUUAAUGACAUACGACUUUGCCGGCUCGUGGGAUUCAGUCUCGGGACAUCAGGCCAACUUGUACGCCGCUCAGCCCGGUGGUGCAUCCGUGGACGACGCUGUGAGAUAUUACAUCCAGAACGGGAUCAGACCGGAUCAAGUCGUCGUCGGAGUGCCGCUUUACGGGCGAGCGUUUAUGGGAACGCAUGGAAUCGGACAGCCUUUCAACGGCACCGGAGAGGGCUCAUGGGAGCAAGGAAUGUGGGAUUAUAAAGCUUUGCCUCGACAGGGCGCGCAGGUGUUCGAGGAUGAACGGUUAGGUGCAUCGUGGUCUUUCGAACCCUCCAACGGCCGACUGGUAACGUAUGAUACGGUCCCGAACAUCAUCCGGAAGGCCAACUAUAUCACCCAACAAGGACUAGGGGGCGCCAUGUACUGGGAACUUUCGGGGGACAAGCAGAUUCCUGGCGAAUCCCUAAUAGAAGCCAUGGCGAGAACUCUCGGUGGAGGGCUUCAAUACGAGGAGAACGAGUUGAAUUAUCCAGGGAGCAGUGAGUCGGCGUAG